AACAGGAUAAUAUUGAAAUAUCUAAUUUAGAUAGUGAAAAUGAUCAGAGUUUUUUCGAAGAUACAGAAGAAUUCUUAGAAAAUAUAGAAAUAGAGGAAUUUUUAGAUGAGGAAUUGGAUAAUAAACUUACGAUAGAUAUAUUAGAUAAAGAAAAGCAGCAGUUUGAUGAUAAAGAUAUUGAAGCAGGAUAUGUAGGUAAAGAUGAAUUUUCUAUAAAUAACGUUGUUUAUCCUGCAACCAAUACUACAGCAAAGUGGGAAUUGGCUACUCUUUUUAGAGAAUUGGAGCUAAGUAAUAUUUUAGAACAUUUUUAA